AUGUUUCCGAUCGAUGGUGAACGCCCAUUUGUACUAAUGGCGCUCCUAUCAGCGGCAAAGCUUGUCAUCCUCAUCGGCGUCUUUUGCUUCGUUGUCGCCGUCGAAGGCCGUCCCGAUGUUCACCAUCACUUUGGUUUCCCCGACCCCAGCCAGAGGGCACCCUCAGCGCCUGUCGCUCAAGAAGCACCUGGCAACGACCGCGUGUCCAAGUACUACCUACACGUCCAUGGAAUCAUCGCUGCCCUCGCCUUCGUCAUCCUUUUCCCUCUUGGUUCUAUCCUCAUUCGCUUGCUUCCAGGCCGUUUGGCCCUCUUCGCCCAUGCUACUUGGCAGCUCUCUACGCUAAUCGUUUAUCUGGCCGCCGUUGGGCUCGGUAUUCACCUUAUCAAACGAGAUCCUAACACGAUGAGAAAUGGACGCUUGAACUACCAUCCAAUCAUCGGCAUCUUUAUUCUCGCCCUCCUUUUCAUCCAACCCUUGGUGGGCAUUUUCCACCACAAGGAAUACAAAGUGAAUCGUCGCCGCGGAGUCUGGUCAGCCCUUCACCUCAUACUGGGAAGGAUUGCCAUUACUAUUGGAAUGAUCAAUGGCUAUAUAGGCUUAAUCGCAAUGGACGACGAUACAAAAACGAAAGUCAAGGCAAUCUACGUUGCUAUCGCGCUGGCAAUCUGGCUCCUAUGGACUGCCAUGUCGAUAUGGUGGGAGUGGAAGAGGCAUAGGAGAGAGAGGGCAGAAAAGGAGCUGGAGCGUGCCCUGGCCGAGGACGGGACAGGAGUUGGAGCCGACCGCGGAGUGAAUGACCAGAGCGACACAAGGGCGAGGGAAGCACUCAGGAAGGCGAAGAGGUCAAGAGGUUGAGGUCAAUAGGGUUUGAUGUCGAGUUGAUGGUGUGACAAGUCCGUGUUGUUGGAGAUGGUUGGAGUCUUGCCCUUUUAAUAUCCUCGAAGGAGUCUUGGUAUUGUACGUCCCGCAUCCUUUACAGGAACAGUCAAUAAAAAUAGCUUUAAGAAUAAUUGUUAUCCACCGAAUAGAAAUAUCUCACCGG